AUGAACAGAGAUGAGGCUGGUCGGUUACUCAACAAGACAUACCCUUACCCUGGUGAUCCAGGUUACUACAUUGGUGAAUUGGCUGUAUCCCACCAGCUUCACUGCUUGAAUCGACUUCAUCAAGAUUUGUUUGUGGAAUACUACAAGGAUAUUUACGGACCAGAGGAAUUCGAAGAAGACGGCAAUUCGGGAUGGGGCCAUAUCAGUCAUUGUCUCGAAAUUGUUGGACAGGCCUUGACUUGCGCUUCAGAUGUCAGUGUUAUUCCUUAG